AUGAGAGAAAAUGGAAAUAGACCUGCAAAUAGCAGGACAGGCCAGUUGUUGCUUAAGGGGCAAUUAAAUGAGUAUGCAAGGAAACCCAAAAAAACGUUUGACAUUCAUGAUUUAUCCAUGAAAAUUGAACACGCAAGAAAGCGUCCCCGAAUUGAACUUGAAGCUCCUUCAAUAAAACCCUUAGAUGGAUUGAGUUUGGAUGGUAUCAGAGCAAUCACUUCAAAAUACCAGGAUCUCAAGAAACGUGGUCCCACGUCAGUGAUUAAACCAAAAGGUGUGAGCACGAAUCCGUUGAUUUCACAACUACAAGAAAUUGUAGAUGCCGAACGUGCAAGUGCUGAACAUGGUAUACAAAAGAUUCAAGACUAUGAUCAAUCAGAUCGAGACUACAUUGGUGUAGUUAGAGCAGUAGAAUACAUCAGUGACUCAAUCAAAAUAGUUGUAUUGGAAAAAGACAAUGUACGGCGUAAACUCUGUUUAGGAUGCCUAUGGAAUGAGUGGAUCGACUUAAAAGAAGGAGACACUGUAGUCGUAUCCGGAUUAGAGAGUAAUAGUGCCCUUAAGGUUGGGACUCGUGAAGUAUUAGAAUGGAGUAACAAAUGGAAAAAACUUAUCGAGUCUGCAAAUUGA